GCAAGUCUGGUUUUCUGAGCUGUAUGGGUGCACCUUCAAGGGGAAAUGGAGGGUUCAUGAAGGGGGACAAGAUUGAGGAGCAAGACCCCGACCCUUCACAGCCCACCCAAGGGCGAAUGAAGGGGGACAAGCUUGAGGAGCAGGGGCCAGGUCCUGAGCCCGCGGCCCCCCAGCAGCCCACAGAGGAGGAGGAGGCCCUGAUCGAGUUCCACCGCUCCUACCGAGAGCUCUUCCAGUUCUUCUGCAACAACACCACCAUCCAUGGUGCCAUCCGCCUGGUGUGCUCCCAGCACAACCGCAUGAAGACGGCCUUCUGGGCGGUGCUAUGGCUCUGCACCUUUGGCAUGAUGUACUGGCAGUUUGCCCUGCUUUUCGGGGAGUACUUCAGCUACCCCGUCAGUCUCAACAUCAACCUCAACUCAGACAAGCUCGUCUUCCCUGCCGUUACUGUCUGCACCCUCAACCCCUACAGGUAUACCGAAAUUAAAGGGGAGCUGGAGGAGUUGGACCGUAUCACCGAGCAGACGCUCUUUGACCUGUACAAAUACAACGCCUCCAACACCAUAACCCAUGCGCGCAGCCGGCGCGAUCUCCGGGAGACUCUGCCGCACCCCUUGCAGCGCCUGCAGGCCCCGCCCCCGCCUCAAGGGGCGCGUCGAGCUCGCCGCGCGGCCUCCAGCGUGCAGGACAACAAUCCCCAAGUGGACUGGAAGGACUGGAAGAUCGGCUUUCAACUGUGCAACCAGAACAAAUCGGACUGCUUCUACCAGACCUACUCAUCAGGAGUGGAUGCAGUGAGGGAGUGGUACCGCUUCCACUACAUCAACAUUUUGUCAAGACUGCCAGACACCCUGCCUUCUCUGGAGGAGGACCUGCUGGGCAACUUCAUCUUCUCCUGCCGCUUCAACCAGGUGUCCUGCAAUCAGGCGAAUUACUCUCACUUCCACCACCCUGUGUACGGGAACUGCUACACUUUCAAUGACAAGAACAACUCUAACCUCUGGAUGUCUUCCAUGCCUGGGAUCAACAAUGGUCUGUCCCUGAUGCUGCGCACAGAGCAGAACGACUUCAUUCCCUUGCUGUCCACGGUGACCGGGGCCCGAGUGAUGGUGCAUGGGCAGGAUGAGCCUGCCUUUAUGGAUGAUGGUGGCUUUAACUUGCGGCCUGGCGUGGAGACCUCCAUCAGCAUGACGAAGGAAGCUUUGGACAGACUUGGGGGCAAUUAUGGUGACUGUACUAAGAAUGGCAGUGACGUCCCUGUCAAGAACCUUUACAGCCCUUCUAAGUAUACACAGCAGGUGUGUAUCCACUCCUGCUUCCAGGAGAGCAUGAUCAGGCAGUGUGGCUGCGCCUAUAUCUUCUAUCCACGGCCCCAAGAUGUGGAGUACUGCGACUACAGGAAGCAUAAUUCCUGGGGUUACUGCUACUAUAAGCUUCAGGUUGACUUCUCCUCAGACCGCCUGGGCUGUUUUACCAAGUGCCGGAAGCCAUGUAGUGUGACCAGCUACCAGCUCUCCGCUGGUUACUCACGAUGGCCCUCAGUGACCUCCCAGGAAUGGGUCUUCCAGAUGCUAUCCCGACAGAACAAUUAUACCAUCAACAAUAAGAGAGAUGGAGUUGCCAAACUCAACAUCUUCUUCAAGGAGCUGAACUAUAAAACCAAUUCCGAGUCUCCCUCUGUCACGAUGGUCACCCUCCUGUCCAACUUGGGUAGCCAGUGGAGCCUGUGGUUUGGCUCCUCCGUGCUGUCUGUGGUGGAAAUGGCCGAGCUCAUCUUUGACCUCCUGGGUAUCACGUGCCUCAUGCUACUCCGGAGGUUCCGAAGCCGAUACUGGUCGCCAGGCCGAGGGGGCAGGGGUGCUCGGGAGGUGGCCUCCACUCCACCUUCCAACCUUCCUUCCCGCUUCUGCCCCCACCCCACAUCCCCACCCUUAUCCCAACCAGGCCCUGUUCCCCUCCUGGCCUUGGCAGCCCCUCCCCCUGCCUAUGCCACCCUGGGCCCCUGCAUAUCCCCAGCAGGCUCCUCUGCCUGUCCUCUGGGGGAGCCCUGAAAGGGGAGAAUGCUCCUCCCCUCAUGUCAGGUGCUCCCCUGGAGAAGGGGACCUGCCUUGGCUGCUCCAGGAUGUUUAGGAUUUCCUCUCAGAGGCACUGACUGCCGUUGGUGUGGGGGAGAGAAGCAGGAUGGGUGAGAAGCUCUGGAAGUUGCCCAGAGAACAGUGGCCAGUAGAGCUGCCCAGAAUUUCUUUGGCUCCUGCCUGCACCCCUUGUCCUGUCUCUGGACACUCUGAUUUCCCCACCCAAGGCCCACAAGUCUCUUUUUGGCUCAGAUCAGCCAAGCCAGACUUGGAGCUUUGACAAAGAACUUUCCUAGGAAACGACUGAUGACCUGAGCACAACACAGACAAGGGCACACAAAGGCAUGUCCAGAUUUUCUGCACAACGGUGACUGCAGCCAGCCCCAGCGGGGCCUGGACACUGCUUUCUAGUGACACAAAUGUCUGCUUCUCUUCUUGAACUUGGGUGGGGAACCCCACUCAAAAGCCCCCUUUGUUAGUUCUUGGCAAUUCCCCUUCCCACACUCCUUGGUUGGGGGGGCUGUAGUGAAGGAUUGGCCAUUCCCAGUUGGUCCCAGAAUUCCUCUAGCCUCAUACCCCAUCCCCCACAGAGGCAUACCCUAAUUCCUCUGCCCUGUGUCAUACCUCUACUCAAGCUAUUUCUUCAGCCUGGAAAGAGUUCCUUACCAUCUCCUGGAGAACUCCUAUGCAUCCCUCAGAACCCUGCCUGCUCAGACGCCAUUACUUUUGUGAAGGCUUCUGCCCAUUUUUCCUAGAAUUGAUCACUCCCCUCUCCCCUGGGCUCCCAUAGUGUGUUACAUACAAAAUCUAUGGGAGUGUUGAUGUUGGAUUAUACUUGCACAUUUGUGUCUGCCUCCCCAACUAGACUGUAAGCUCCUUGUGAUCAGGGCCUGAAUCUUGUUCAUUUAUGUGUGCUCCAGGUCUGGCUUAGUGUCCUCCUUGGAGCAAGUAGGCAGGUAUUCAAUAAAUGUUU